ACGGUGAAGGGCGCGUUGCACUCUGGGUCGGCGUAGCCAUGGCGGCCCGUGUCCUCUCUGCUUGUGUCCGGCGCCUACCCGCGGCCUUGGCGCCGCCGUCCGGGCCCCGGGCCCCCGCGCUCACCUUGGUGCGGCCGCUGGGCUUGGUCCCGUGCGCGGCGGCGGGGCGGCGGCGGAAGGCCGCUGCGGCGGUUCCUGUCCCUGCACACAUGCAGGUUUCUGGGUUAUCCCUACAGUUGAGCCGCCAGUAUAGUGACAUGCCCCCUCUGACACUGGAGAGCAUUAAGGACCGUGUCCUCUAUGUCUUGAAACUAUAUGAUAAGAUUGAUCCAGAAAAGCUUUCAGUAUCUUCCCACUUCAUGAAAGACCUGGGCUUGGAUAGUUUGGACCAAGUAGAAAUUAUAAUGGCCAUGGAAGAUGAAUUUGGGUUUGAAAUUCCUGAUAUAGAUGCUGAAAAGUUAAUGUGUCCACAAGAGAUUGUAGAUUACAUUGCAGAUAAGAAAGAUGUGUACCAAUAAAGUUUUUUUUUUUUUAAAUCAAAAAACUCAGAUGAUCCCAGCGAGUGUCUGAAUGUGAGAACACAUUAUGAGACCAUUGCUGCUGUUGUCAGAGUAUUUCUGUUGGAACUAUAUUUAAAGUUGUCUAAAUAUGUGUUGGCCUUUAAAAAAUAAAUAUAUAAAGUCAAUAUUCUCAGGCUUUUUGCAUAUAGAGUACUGCCUUUAUAUUAAUUCUGUUUAAUGUUUAAAAGAGAUCUCAUUGUUAAAAGAACCUUUAUGUCAGAUGAAAGGGCCUUUUCUGGAAUUAAACAUUGGAAUUGGUUCCCAAACUCAUGUUUUCUCUUUAGUACGACCAUCCCUCUCUGAAUAAACAUGCAGGUUUUGCUUCCUUU